UAGUAUGUUACUACUUACUAUAAACAUAGUUUAACAUUAUACAAGCACAUUAUUUAAAAAAUUGUACGGGAAUUGACAGUUGACACGGUUUUUUGUUUGUGACUGUUCGUAUAAUAAUGUGAAAAAGUGAAAAUAAAACAAAAUGUUUAAACAGAUCGAUUUGUUAUUGAGAUCCAAUGUAACACUUAUAAUAAUACUAGAUCUCCUUAAUUUUUGUCAUGGAAUUACAACGACACAUUACGACAAACCUGCACUUCAGAAAUCUACACAUGGCCGAACAGAAUUUGCAAAUUUAACUGGAAUUGAACGACAAAAACGUCUUUUACCAUAUAUAAACUUUUACGUUACACAAAACCUGCAACAAUCACAAAAUGAAGAUUAUUAUAUACCCGAAGAUCAUUACCACGGAGAUAAACAAAAAAUUCACCCUUCUUCUCAAAUUAAAUAUAGUGAGUUACUGCAGGCAACUUAUCAACCAACUCACGCCUACCAACCAGACAGAAGGCCAUAUCAAGUAAAAACAAAAUUUACGCCUUUUCUUGAAACAAACGCCCUUCCCGGUCCAUUUACGCCAAUGAUACCACAACUUCCGAAAGUAAAACUUGUGUACACUCCAAUAGACCACAAAGAAAAGAUCCCAAAUUAUAGUGCAAUAUACGAGAAGCUGCCGCAAAUAAAACUUCAACAUAGCAUAAUCGAACCAACGCCCACCUUCGAACCACAAAAAACAGUGUUACAAUUUUUCCAGCGGAAGCCGCAUGUCAGUUACAUACCACUGCAAGAACAUCAUCGUGAAGCGUAUACGCCUCCAAAAACAUUUGUUCACACAUACACACCUACUAGUAUUGAUUUGCCAACCCAAGAACACAACUUUCACACAGAAGAAUUAAAUAAUCCAAAUCAUAUUAUUCCUCAAAACUCAAACAAGCCACUUGUAGCAAAACCAAUUCCCCAACCAAUUCGAAUAAUACAAGUGUCUAAUCCCAAACAUCACCUCGUACAUUCUAACACGCAUACGAAAAUAACACCAGGCUAUGCUCCUUUGGUAACGGUUAACUCUCAGAACCAAUACCUAGUUCAAGAACAAAAGCAGUACCACAACCAAAAUCACAAGCAAUAUUUGCAGGAAGUGACUCCAACAUCGAAACCAUUGGUUUUAUAUACUCAAAAAGACUAUCCGCCGUUAGUUGCACCCAAUCAAAUUAAACCGACAAGUCCAUACGUUAUCGUUCAAUCUCCCCCAAUUUACAGUGCCGAGACGCCAAAAGACCACCUUCCAGGACUACAAUUUGUAAACUCUGCACCUGACAAUCCACUACAAAAUCAUGAAGAUCCAAAUGCGUUAAGUUCAAUUUUAAAAAGAUUACAAGAAAGUAACGCUUUACCGCACACGUUGACCGAAGACAAUAUAGACAACAGCAUCAAAACCUUAAUAAAUAUACUCCGUUCUUUUAAAAAGGGACAAAAAUUCUCAGGUCCAAUAGUCGUAGCAGAUGUUAACGAGGGCCACUUGCCCAAAACGGAUUCGGAUUCGCACAACCCGCUCACGCAGAUGUUUCCCGCAAACACGCCCGAAGGAGGUACACCCGGAAGACCUGGAAUUGAUUAUCCAGCUCUUUCAAGUAUUCCGCAAACGAAUUUCGAUUGUCACACGCAACGAUAUAAGGGUUUUUUCGCUGAUCCCGAUACCAACUGUCAGGUUUGGCAUUACUGUGAUUUAAAUGGAGGACAGGCAUCGUUUUUAUGCCCGAAUGGGACAAUAUUUAGUCAAGUAGCGUUAACUUGCGAUUGGUGGUUUAAUGUCAAAUGUUCGACGACGACACAAUUGUAUGUGUUAAAUGAAAGGUUGUAUAAAUACAUAAUUCCUCUAAAGCCAAAAUUCCCAGAGGAUUAUGCUGGACCACUAGUAGAUAGAUACUUGGCAAUGAAAUUUCAAGAAAUGGAAGAAAAAUUAAACAAAGAAAAGAAGGAAAAAGAAAAAGAUAAAAGUGAAGAAGUGGACGAACUUCAGCUUCUUGAAGAUCAAAAUCAAGAUUCGACAAGCCAUACGCCAGAACCUCUCAGAAGCCAUAAGUAGAAUUUGUUUGAUGUUAUUAAGUAAAAUUCUUGUUAUUUAUUUAUUGAAUUACAAAAAAAAUAUUAUAGUUUACUAUUAAAAGUUAAGCAUGAACGUUUAUGUGUUGUGCAAUACUGAAAUAUGUGAUACUGAUAAUAAAAAAAAUUAUAAUGAAUAACUCCUGACGUGAAAUGGA